GAAGGGCUUUACUAUGAUUCUUCUCGGAUUCUAUUGGAUCCUUAUGCAAAAGCAGUUAUAAGCAGAGGUGAGUUUGGUGCUUUAGGAGCUGAUGGUAAUUGCUGGCCCCAAAUGGCCUGCAUGGAACCUUCUUUUGAUGAUGAGUGCACCUACCAAUAAUUUUAGCUUCAAUCCAGAUGGGUCUGCUGUGAACCCUGGAGCUUUCCAGCAGCAUAUUCGAAGUGAUUCUAAUCUUAUGGCUCAGUUGUUUCAGAAUGAUCCUGAACUAGCACAAGCUGUUCUAGGAAAUGAUCUAAAUAAACUGCAAGACCUUUUACGAGAGCGUCAUCGCCAAAAAUCUGACUUACGACGUCAACAAGAAGAGGAGCUCGCCCUUCUUUAUGCAGAUCCUUUUGAUGUUGAAGCGCAAAAGAAGAUUGAAGCUGCUAUUCGCCAGAAAGGAAUUGAUGAAAAUUGGGCCGCUGCCUUGGAACAUAACCCUGACGCUUUUGCAAGGGUGGUUAUGUUGUACGUGGACAUGGAGGUUAAUGGUUUCCCAUUAAAGCUCUUAUAUUUAUUUAUAGUUUCUCCAUUUCGUAAGGCAAGUGACUAUGUUUUGAGGUUUUUUGGUUAUUCACAGUGUAUUGAAAAAGUUGCUCAAGGAUGA